CGCCCAGACAGGUAGGCGCGUUUUCCAUGCUGUCUCCUCCGCUCCGGGAGUCCCUCUGCUAGCCCCAGUGCCCCGAGUGGAAGCACCAGUCCGAGCUUCUUGAAGGAGAGAAGAGAGAACCAAGAUCUAGGUAUCGAGCUAAGGCUUCCAGAUCUGUUUCGACGGAAGAUGAAUGUUUCUGCCAGGAGAGUUUAACUGGAGGAUCUGGGUCUGGGAAGACUUGAGCAUGGGAGCCAACACCUCAAGCAAACCACCAGUGUUUGAUGAAAAUGAGGAUGUCAACUUUGACCACUUUGAAAUUUUGCGAGCCAUUGGGAAAGGCAGUUUUGGGAAGGUCUGCAUCGUGCAGAAGAAUGAUACUAAGAAGAUGUAUGCAAUGAAAUACAUGAACAAACAAAAGUGCGUGGAGCGCAAUGAAGUGAGAAAUGUCUUCAAGGAACUCCAGAUCAUGCAGGGUCUGGAGCAUCCUUUCCUGGUUAAUUUGUGGUACUCCUUCCAAGAUGAGGAGGAUAUGUUCAUGGUAGUGGACCUCCUGCUGGGCGGGGACCUGCGUUAUCACCUGCAGCAGAAUGUCCGUUUCCAGGAAGAUACCGUGAAGCUCUUCAUCUGUGAGCUGGCCAUGGCCUUGGACUACCUGCAGAGCCAGCGCAUCAUCCACAGGGAUAUGAAGCCUGACAAUAUUUUGCUUGAUGAACAUGGGCACGUGCACAUCACAGACUUCAACGUCGCCGCGAUGCUGCCCAGGGAGACGCGGCUCGCCACCGCGGCGGGCACCAAGCCUUACAUGGCACCUGAGAUGUUCAACUCCAGAAGAGAAGCAGGCUAUUCCUUUGCUGUGGACUGGUGGUCCCUGGGAGUGACGGCAUAUGAACUCUUGAGAGGCCGGAGACCAUACCAUAUUCGCUCCAGCACCUCCAGCAAGGAAAUUGCACACAUGUUUGAGACAGCUAUUGUGACUUACCCCUCUGCCUGGUCACAGGAAAUGGUGUCACUCCUUAAGAAGCUACUUGAGCCUAAUCCAGACCAACGAUUUUCUCACUUGUCUGAUGUUCAGAACUUCCCAUAUAUGAAUGACAUGAACUGGGAUGCGGUUUUGCAGAAGAGGCUCAUUCCAGGUUUUAUUCCUAACAAAGGCCGGCUGAAUUGCGACCCCACCUUCGAACUCGAAGAAAUGAUUCUGGAGUCCAAACCUCUUCACAAGAAAAAGAAACGUCUGGCAAAGAAGGAGAAAGAGAGGAGGAAAUGUGAUUCCUCCCAGAAGAUGUGCCUUCUUCAAGAGCAUCUGGAAUCUGUCCGGAAGGAGUUCAUCAUUUUCAACAGAGAAAAAGUAAAACGGGACUUAAAUAAAAGACCGGCUAAUCUAGCCUUGGAACAAACCAAAGACCCACAAGAGGAGAAUGACCAGAAUAAGGAGUGAAGUCCUCCACAUCUUCUGCUUGGGACCUUUCCUGCCACCUCAGGCCAGGAACUUCCUGCCCACCCGUGCCAGGAAUUACUGACUGUAGUUCUCAGCUCUCCACACCUCACACACCCCAGAAAAUGUGUAUGAACGCCUUGGAGGAGGCAGCAUGACAGUCCCGGGUCUCCUGGGAUCUUGUUUCACCAUGAAUUAACUGUGUGUCCUUGAGCAAGUCACUUCCCCCUGGUGUCUGCUUCGGGUCAUUCAUCCACGAUGAGAGGGUUAUACACGCGGAGCUCUGUUCUCCCUUUCUACUGUUACCAUUCUGUCAUUCCACACAGCUUCUCUUUAUUUUCAAAGGAAUAUUUAGAUGUAGAUUUAUUUCUCCACUCAUCCUAACUACACUGUGACAAAUGCAUGGAUGGACACUGAUGGGUGGGGGAUGACUGCAUGAGGCUCUUCAGAGCUAGAGAAUUUCAGAAAGAGGUCAGAAUGCCCCCAUCCGAUUGAAGAGGGAGAAGGAAUUCAAUCAGGAAGCAAUGAAUGGGAGCAGAUCGGAAGUGAUGCAGAUUUCUGAGGGCUUCCAGUGGCGUUCUGGUCAGCGCACCCUGUCAGCUCGUGUCAGCCAGCAAGAGCCUGGGGAGCACGUCGUUCCCAUGGCCCUUGGACAGUGACGCGAAGCUGGGCAGCUGAAACUGGUGAUGAUCAGUAAAUACCGGCAAUAUUUACACCAUGGAAAUGGGCAAAUGUUUCACAUCAGGGCUUUUCAGCUGUGAAGCAGUUAUUAGCAUACCGUUCACCUUCUUCUAGUAACUACGUUCCUUGAGAGCGGAUUGUCCUCUUAUCAGAGACCCGUGUCCAGAGAGGAUCGGAAAAUAAUAUUGUCACAUUGAGACCAUGUCCCCUCGUAGUAGUCAAGCUCUCCCUUAUUUGUACAGGGGUUAUAGUCUCAGUAGAAUGGGAAGUGAAUUUGGAAGAGAGUAAAAUUUACACUUGGGAACUCCCUUAGAUUACCCACACCAUGGUUGGUAUCUUUUCUAGGCGAAGCCCAGUGCAGUGAGCAAUGAAACAAAUCACCAUUUGAGGCUUUGAUUUUUGUCUUUUAUUUUUGGUCUCACUUUUGGCCAGUAUCAGAGGAACCAAAAUGUGGAACCGGUUAUAUACACUUUUAUAGACCGGAAUAACAGAACUUUGGGAUGCCGCUCAGAUCACCUAAGCCUUGUCCUCACAGACAGGAAGGGCCUUGCCAAGAUGGCAGAGAGCAGGCAACAGGGAAGACCAGACAGAGAAAACAGGCCGAAGUAACAGAUCCCACACCUGCCACACCAGACAUCCAAGGAGGGAAGCAGCACUCGGGCGAUUAAACACAGGUGGGAAGCCAAUGCUGGAUUUUAACUUGGCUUCCAGGAUUUUCUCCUCCCUGAGUUUAACAGGCUCAGAAUUUCUGGCAGAGCUGUGAACAGUGCCUCUCUACUUUAAGAGCAACCAUAUUUUUGUUAAGAAUUAAAACCAGCUCUUUCCUUCUGUUUGAUUCUGUGUUUCUACAUUUCCCACAUACUAUUUGCCCGUGCUAUUUUGCUUUUCUCCAAACGCUAUAAACUAGGCACUGGCCCUGACUCUGUUUCUGAUUAUAUAUGAAAAGAGCAAGGGGAAGGUGACCCGCUUCUGUUCCAGGUUGGUAACCCCAGGAGUGUCAGGGAUCACUAGCAUGUUUAGCAACUGGCAACUUUCAUGCGUUUUGACUCAAGUCCUGAUGCACUGUGGACAUAUCUCUCCAGUCACCUGGUGUCUCCUCUUGCUGUGACCUUGUGUGUAUCAUCACAGAGAAAAGACUUCGGGAAACACUUGCCACAGGGGCAGUGGGAUCAGGAGGCUCUCCGUGGGGAACGGAGCCAGGCAUCUGUGCCAUUUCACAUCUGUACAACGUAUAACAGGGUAGGAACCCCAUACCAUCUCUGCAGUAUGAACCCCUAGUUUUUAUUUCCAGUGAGUUCCUGCUGUGCCCGACGCACCACUGUGGACAUUCAGGAACCGUGGACACACCAACUAGAGAGCACAGCCUCAGAGCGGUAAGAUGGAUUUUCAGUCCUAAUCAGGUUACAGACCCACCAUGUGUUUCCAGUUAGAAAUGAAAAAGCAUUGCAUCUAGAGUGCAGAACAACUGAUUAUAAGCAUCUCCCACCACCACACAUUUUAAACAUUAGGACAAAAAGUUUUCCAAAAACCAGAAGGAGGCCUAAAUCUGUACCAUGAUUGCUAGAUGUUGGUAUCAGAGUCUUUGGUUUUAUUCCGUAACUUGGGCCCAAAGUUACUAUCCUAAGCAGUUGGAACCUGUCUCAUCAAUUAGAUGUGUGACAACCAAGGCUCAGGGCUCAGAAUUUUAGAAAACAAGCUGAGUAUCGCAGCCCUUUGUCUGGUAUUCCUACCAUCUUCUUCUAACUGCUUCCUCCCUUACCUGUGUGGAGCAUCUGAAAACUUGGAGCCAGACCAGAAACAUCCAGGUUAUAAUAACUCUUACACUGCAGCAGAGACCCACCCCCUUGCAUUCAGUGGCCCCUAGUGGCUGGGUGGGCACCCAAGCCCUGUAACCCUGCCCACACCCCGAACUCCAUGGAAGUGAAUACCCCGCUAAUGGCUAACACAUCUCGAGGGCCGCACUCGUUUUGGCUGGGGUCAUUGCUAGGGCAGCAAUGAAUGUCUGGCAGCACAAAGCACUGCUAAAUGAAUUACGGUCAUUAAUUCAUAGUGAAGCUUCUUGUGAUGGGAGUUUUAACCGGAAACGAGGCUAUAGAUCAUCAUAGCUUCUCUAGAUUGGAUGGACAAAUACAGAGCUCAGGAGAAAGAAUGCUAAUAGAGCCUUCAGGAAGCUGUGUUGCUGCUUUUGAGGAUGUAGUCAUGCUAAGGCUUUCAUUCACCAGCUGAACAAAAAGGCGUGCAACCCAUCGUGUUUGUUUCAGUAGCCGGUCAUGCCUGCGCUGUCCACACAACAUCCUGUUUCCUACUGUCUGCCCAUGAUUGCUCUUUCUUACAAGCUCAGUGUGUCUGACUUGACGUUAAACAUUGAUGUUCAAAAUCCAAACUUCAGUGAUCUGCGCCAUUGUGAACAGGCAGCCACUGGGCGGGAGACACAUGCUUCUGUUGAUAGGAUGUAAACGUGCCUUGGUGUAUUAAAAUG